CGUCAAAAUUGUAGUUCCGCAUUUAAAGCUAAGUUAGCUUCAGGGACAACACAAACCAUAGCAGACAGCACAUUCAGCACUGAGAUGCACUUAAAAACACUUUAUUGCCAUUAAUGGAAACAUAAAUACUUUCGACUUUAACGCCGAAGCUCGAAACCAACUGUCGAAGCUCGAGACGGCGGUUACUUCAUGAAACAGCGAUGAGCAGCAGCCCUGCGUCUGUCCAGAUGGACGAGGUGAGGAGGAGAUCCCUGUCGCUCCUCACCUCCUCGGGUUUAGCUCAGGACGUGAAGGCGGAGGUGCAGACCAUGGCCGGCAUCCCGCUGCCUCUGCCCGAGAAGUACCAUCACCUCGGGGUGGAGGUCAUGCUGAGGGAGAACACGGCCUGCCGCAACAGACAGGAGGUUCUGGAGUCUUUGAGUAGACUGGUCAAAGCCUUGAGUAUCCUGGAGAAAUAUGGCUGCAACCUGACCAGUCCCGCCAGGCCCAGAUACUGGAGGAGUGUCAAGCACAACAACCCUGUCUUCAGAACCACUGUGGAUGCUGUUAAAGGAGGCCGGAGAGUCUUGUUUCUGUACGGUUACACCAAUCAGCAGAUCGAUGGCCUCAGUUUCCCCGAUGAGGUCACAGAACCAGACACUGCAAAAGUUGCUGCAGUGACACUGGAGGUCAUGACCUUACGCACAGAGGUGGACAUGAUCAUUAAGGGCACACAUCCUCACCCAGAAAACUUCAAAGAUAUCAUCCCAUUCAUCAUCCAACAGGAGGAGCCACUGAGUGACUCUGUGGUUAUCCUGCAACUAGAGGAGCAGCCGGCAGAUAAACCCCAGGUCCCAUCUCUUCCACCUAAACCCACUACCAGCCCUGUAGCACAACCUCUGAGACCAUCAAAAGACCCUCCUGCAGCAGAGUGUAAUUUGUGUGGUGCCGCUUCGUCUCUGGUUUGCCCGUCUUGUGACAAUCAACCUCUCUGUGAUGCAUGUGACGACCUCUUUCACCGCCACCCCUCCAGAACCAAUCACAAGAGAGAUAAAAUACAGAAAAACAAACAGGGGACCUGCACCAUCUGUGGGAUCUCUGCAGUGCACGCUCAGUGCCCCACCUGCGUCCAGAGGUUGUGUGAGAACUGUGACAAGCUUUACCACUCCCACCCUGACCGCAAAGGACACAGCAGAACUAUACUUACACCAGCCAAAACAUCCAGUCCAUCUCUGUCUCCUUGGGAAUGUGCUCAUUGCACUACAGUGAACGAGAUGCGAGCCGUCCUCUGCACGACCUGCGAACGUCCUCGACUCGCGACGGCUGCUUCCAUUGUUCAAGAAAGCCAGAUGUCGGUUCCUACAUCUCCCAACACAGAGUGGCAGUGUAAGAGCUGCACAGUGGUGAAUCAAGGCAGCAGCAUCCUCUGUGAGGUGUGUGAGCGCCCUCGUCUGGCCACUCGCCCACCUGUCGCACCAGUUCUGCCCAGCCCCACAUCCCUGUCCGACCCCGGAGUAAAGUGGAUGUGCCAGUUCUGCACCUACGUAAACACCGCUCCCUCUGUGGUGUGUGAGAUGUGCAAUCUGUCGGGUAAAGACUCUGCUGGAGUUUCUCUGCCCCUUUCUCUGCAGCCGACUCCCACCAGCAACGCCAAAGAUCCACCCCAGCUGAGUGUCAGGCCCCAGCCGAAGCCCAGAGUCAACAUGGACGCCAAAAGACAGAGGAUGAUGAAGGAAGACGGCCUCUAUCUCGUCCACCAGAUCAGAGAAGCAGAGAAGCGCGGCGUCAGUGCUGAGGAGGUGUAUGCAGCCAUCUGCAUGUGCGGCGGCAGCAACACGAACCCCUGUGAUUGGCUGACGUCAGAGCUGCCUCACCUGCUGGAUGAAAUCUGCGCCAUGGCAGCUUCCGUCCAGCUCAACUACAGAGCGGGGGAACCUGGGGUCGUGGAGAGAGACGGAGACGACGCGGAGCCGAGCGGCCCGAAUGUCACGGGCGAAGGUGUGAAGCUGUCCAGAGCUGAAGCCAAGCUGGCCUGGCUGUCUGCAGGAGGAGACACAGAAAGAGCCGUGAGACAGCUGCUGAGGGACAGACAGACCAAGAUGAAAGAGCUGCACUCUCUGGGCUUCAGAGACGUGUUUCAGUGUGAGGAGGCUCUGCGGCUGAGUGGAGGAGAGGUGAAGGGGGCUCUGUCUCUGCUGCAGCGCCCCCUCCUGGAGCCUUUCCACCAGCGAAUCUGGAACGACCAGCCCGAGCCACCCAUCGAUCCCAAACACCCGGACAAACAGAGGAUGUGCAGGCGUCUGCUGGCACUGUACGACCUGCCCAGCUGGGGGCGCUGCGAGCUCGUCCUGGCCUUGCUACAAGAGCCGGACAUCACCUACUCUAUGGAGGACGUAGUGCAGGCUGUGAAAGAGUCGCACGACAAGGAAUUCAUCAAGCGUCUCCUCAACAACGAGUGCCCCUGCUGCCUGAGCAUCUUCCCCCGCAGCAAGAUGCAGUCCCUGACUUCCUGUCAGUGCUCCGUGUGCCACGAAUGCUUCGGGAUGCACUUCACCAUCGCUGUGAGAGACAAACACAUCCGGGACAUGGUGUGUCCUGUCUGCAGCGAGCCGGACAUCAACGACCCCGAGCAGCUGGACAGCUACUUCUCCACGCUGGACAUCCAGCUGCGUGAGUGCCUCGCGGUCGACGUGUACGACCUGUUUCAUAAAAAACUGACUGAGCACGCUCUGAUGAAAGAUCCAAAGUUCCUGUGGUGUUGUCACUGCACAUCCGGUUUCAUCAAUGAUGGAGACCAGCUGAAGGUCACCUGCCCGUCUUGUCGUAGGAGUUUUUGUGCUCAGUGUAAGAAACCCUGGGAGCCUCAGCACCAGGAUCUGUCCUGUGAGCAGUUCCAGCAGUGGAAGAGGGACAACGAUCCCGAGUACCAGAAGCAGGGCCUGGCCGGCUUCCUCAGAGACAACGGCAUCACCUGUCCUCACUGCAGGUUCCAGUACGCUCUGACGAAAGGCGGCUGCAUGCACUUCAACUGCUCCCAGUGCAGGUACCAGUUCUGCAGUGGCUGCAACAACCCCUACCACAAGACGGGAUGCAAGACAGCCCAGUGCAGUUACCCCGGUCUACAUGCUCAUCACCCCCGGGACUGUCUCUUCUACCUCAGAGACUGGGAGCCGCCCAGACUACAAGCCCUGCUGCAGAGGAGCGGUGUGGAGUUCAACACAGAUCCUUCUAACGAAACUCAAACUGACGCCUGCUGUGUGAUGGAGCAGAAAGAUGAAGCAGGUCUCCAGAUUGAUUCACCGUGUGGCCUUCAAAUACAGCCGGGACAAGCUGGACUCUGCGAGAAGCACUACAGGGAGUACCUGGUGAGUCUGAUCAACGCUCACUCUCUGGACCCCGCUCUGCUCUACGAACCCAACGAGCUGAUCCGGGCCUGUGAGAGGUACCAGGUGGCUGACACACAGAGAGGAGAGAACGAGGAGGAGAACCUCUACCACGCUCGACUGCUCAAGAAACUGAUGGAGGUCCCUCUUGGAGAAAAAGUCCCUCGAAACAUGUAAAAGGUUCCUGAAACAGAACAUCACCAGCUCCCAUAAAUCCUCCUGAGUCUGUUUCAUCGAGCACUUAUAGAACAAGAACGACUCUCUGGAAAUCAGCACCACAUUUGGUUGUUUACAAGCCGUUUCUCACCAUCUACAGAGUCGUUUUGGUCUCCACCCUCUGACAACAAAUGUUUCAGCUGUGUGUCAAACAAAACAUGGAAAGUUUAAUUGGCAGCAGCUGCGUGUGGUUUGUCUCCGUUCAUAAACACAUUUUUUCUGUUUUAAGUUCUCACAGUUGAAGGUUAAACUCUUUCUGUCCUUGUUGAUCAUCUUGAUAAAUUAUGAAGGAUUAUAAACAGUUUUGCCUCUUUCUGAUUUUUCAUCUCAGUUUUUAAACUCUUCUUAAAGAAUUGUACUUUUGGAUGACGGAGUUGGAUCUUGUACGAGAUUUAUCUUUUGCACAAGAAAGAAGAAAGCCUCUUUUUUGGAAAUGUAUGUGAAUAAAAAAAUCUAUUUUAGAACAAUGUAGCAAUAUUA